UUAUGGGUUAUUUUAUUCCUUCUUUUUUGUCUCCUUUAAGUCUUCUAUCCCUUGCUACUUUCCUUACUUCCAAUGUCGGUUGACCUGCAGUCUUUAGAGAAUCUGUGAUAUUCUUCUGAAUCUUGGUGGUCCAAUGGCUCCAUGCUUUUCCUCAGCAAUAUAGUUUUAAGUUCCUAUAGCUUUUUAUACAUCUUUGCUCUUUCUCCUCUUGUUAUUUAAGUCAAUGUUGUACCUCUCAAGAUCAACUACAAUAUCAUCAAGAUUUUUUGCGAAUAGUUGCAAUUUGCUUUGGAUUGUUUUUCUGUUCUUCUACUUUUCUAUUAAGAAGAUCUUCAUCUUCAGGAUCAAUUCAAACAAAGUCUAAGAAAAAGCUGCUAAAAUCAUAUUUGCAGUUCUUAUUUAUCUAACUUUAGGAUAAGUUCAAGUAGGUAAGAGUGCCAACAGACAGGCCAUUUGACUAGUGGUAAAAUACCUUAGGAAUGAGUUUUGAGCAUGUAUACUGAACGAGAUAAUUGAAGAAUCAUUAACUUCAAAUAUGCCAAACUACUUGUGAAGAAAAUUCUAAAAUAUUUACAAAGUUUUUGUAGAAACGUCUUCUGAAAGUGAAUUUAAGUUUCUAUUAUGCCAAUUUAAGAUGGUUCCUCUACCAUUUUAAGUGUAUUAAGUCAAAUAAUAAGGUCUCAUUUAGUUCUGAAGCUAUAGUGUAGACUUCUGAUAGGGUGAUA